GCAAAUGCAAUGGUAAAGAAAAACUCCACUGGGGUGACUGAGUUUGUUCUCCUGGGACUGACUGAUCGAGCUGAGCUGCAGCCUGUCCUCUUUGUGGUAUUCUUAGUCAUCUACUUUAUCACAGUAAUGGGCAAUGUGAGCAUGAUUUUGUUAAUCAGAAGUGACUCAAAACUUCACACUCCAAUGUACUUCUUUCUCAGUCACCUUUCCUUUGUAGAUCUCUGUUAUGCCACUAAUAUCACUCCUCAGAUGCUAAUUAAUUUUUUUUCCCAGAGAAAAACCAUUUCCCUCACUGGUUGUGUUAUACAAUUCCACUUUUUCAUUGCCCUGGUGAUCACAGAAUAUUACAUACUUGCAGUGAUGGCUUAUGACCGCUACAUGGCCAUCUGCAAGCCCUUGUUAUAUAGCAGCAAAAUGUCCAGAUGUGUCUGCCUUUUUCUGGUUGCUGCUGCUUACAUUUAUGGCUUUGCAAACGGUCUGGUGCAGACCAUCCUGAUGCUUCGUCUGACCUUCUGCGGACCCAAUGAGAUCAACCAUUUCUACUGUGCGGACCCACCUCUCAUGGUUCUCGCCUGCUCAGAUACGUAUGUUAAAGAAACUGCCAUGUUCAUAGUGGCUGGUUCCAACCUCACCUGCUCUCUCACUACUAUUCUCAUCUCCUAUGUUUUCAUCUUCACAGACAUUCUGCGCAUCCACUCUGCUGAGGGGAGGCAGAAGGCCUUCUCCACCUGUGGGUCCCAUCUGACAGCUGUCACUAUCUUUUAUGGGACGCUGUUCUGCAUGCACUUGAGGCCCCCCUCUGAGGCGUCUGUAGAACAAGGAAAAAUCAUAGCUGUUUUUUAUGUAUUUGUUAGUCCUAUGUUAAACCCUUUGAUCUAUAGCCUGAGGAACAAAGAUGUUAAAAGAGCAAUAAGGAAAACUAUCGAAAAGAAAUUAUGUGCUAAAUAA